UUCAGCCAUCUCUGCGAGGGUCCAAAAAUGACGGGGGAGAUCAUACCGGGGCGCGAGUUAGUUGGCAUCAUCAUUGGGGCCGUGGUGUUAUUCUCGCUCAUCAGCAUCGUGCCAAUUUUGAUCAUGUGGCAUCAUCGACGACGACAGGCUUCAAGGGCUGGUGGUGGUGUUGAGGCCCCUGACGAAAGUCCCAUCGAGCAAUGGAUUGAAGGACAAAAUGCCGGAAGUGACGUUGCACAGCAAUCGCAGGCGCUUUGUUGGGACUUUUGGGGCACACGAUAUGAUGUGAUGCGGGGGUCACCCAAGGCUCGGUGGUGGACCGUCUGCCCUACCGCGCCCAGACAGCGUUCCGGCUGUCUUGGCACUGCUCUGGGCGCCUCUGGGCAUGAGCAACCACCUCCAGUCUUGGCAACACCCAUCCAGUCUUGGCAACACCCAUCCAUCGGCAAAGGCCCGACUUUGGACCACAUGGCUAUCAAUUUUGGUGUGUCAUGGAAAAAGCUAAUUGGCUUCUCCAGUCCAAUCUGUCUCUCCUCCUUAUCAUCCACGUCCGGUCUUCUUUCUCCAGAACCGGCUCGAUUACCCCACAAUCAUCGCAAGCCCUCGGAUAGCAGUGGCUCGACUGCGUUCUCUCGCGCCGACCUCGACACGGAGAAAGGCGGGAGACGCGACAGUGCGGUUGUCGUUCUCAACCGCUGUCAUCAUGUGUUUCACAAGGCCUGCUUGGCGUCCUGGUUCGAGUAUCGACGGUAUAGAUGCCCAAUCUGUCAGACAUCGUAUUCUCCAGGACAGGCUGGGCGGCACUGA